UAAAUAAUAACCAACAAAAUAACGAACGAGUUUAGUAACGUAUUAUCACAGAAUACUUUGUUUUUAUAGCAAAGUUAUUAUACUUUUCUAUAUAAGUGUUAGAAUAAGGAAAAACAGGACAAUGAUCAGGCGACCGAAGCCCGGUGAAGACGAAGAGGAUAUACUGCGUAUGCAAGAAGAAUUUCUGGAAGAUAAAAACAGUCAACCCUCAGCGCAAGUAGUUAACUUACGAAAAACAGAACAUCAAACUACAAAGAGAGCUAGUCCAAGCGCUUCCACCCGAAAACCUUCCAAAUAUGCUCAAGCUAAAGGUCUUACAAGUGCCGAUAAACGACCGCGGAUUGAAAAUUCUACUGGAUCACUUAUGGGAGAUAUUUUAGAAAAAAACGUGCUAGAAACAGAAGAAACACCUCUAGAGGCUGAUGAUGACAAAGUAUAUUAUCCUAAAGUUAUACCUUCUAUUCUCGGUGAUAUAGUAGAAAAAAACAUUAAUAGUUUUGUUAAUUUAGACUUCAAACCCAUGCCUGCUACUGGUUUUCCAGUGGUUACAAAACGCAACCCAAAUAAAAAACCCGGUGAAAAAACUCUUAAAAUAACAGAGAGACAGAUCAGUACCAUUGAAACCAUGGAUGUAGAUCAUGAAUCAGGUUCUAAUCUCCAAAACACAACGGAUUCAAAACCUAUAAACAUUCCAUCAAAGAGUUACAUUCUCUCCAGUAGUGACGCAGAUACUAUUCAUAAUGAAAAUGUUAAAGUUUUAAAAGAAAUGUCAGAGGAAGAGAUUUUGAAAGAACAACAAAAAUUGUUAUCUACUAUAGACCCUACAUUAGUUGACUUUAUAAAGAGCAAGCGUAAACAAGUGCAGAUAACUGAACUAACAGAAAAACAAACCACAGAAGCUACAGAGGCAAAAAUUAAAGAGAAAAUGGAUGUUGAAUCGCAAAUUGAAAAAGAUUCACUCUGGGAUAAUGAUGUCCUUUCACAUCCACAUGUAAAUAAAUGGGUACAUUUUGAAAAUUUAGAAAAAGACAAGUUGGAAUGGAUGAAAGGAAUAGAAGAGAACAGGAAGGCUGAACCUGAUAAGCCUUAUGAGGCCAGGUUUGACUUUAAAGGCUAUCUCCUCCCAUAUUCUAUGGAAUUAACAGAUAGGACCAAAAGCCUGUAUCAUCAUGGUGAAGAGCCACAUAGACCUGGUUACACAAUAAUGGAACUCUUUGAACUAUCAAGGUCCACAGUAACUCAGCAGAGGGUUAUGGCCUUGAAUACAGUAGCUGGCAUUCUAGAGUAUAACAGCACAGGAAUUUACAAAAAUAUUAUAGAUAUACCAAUAAGUAAAAUGUUUUUUGUAAUUAGAAUUGCAAUGGAUGAAAACAAGCAGAUCCUUUUAGAACCUGCGCUCAAGGCUAUGAGAAAUUUACUGUAUAACAGAAUAGAUGAGUCCUGUCUGGAUGCUUUAAUUGGGUUUGAAGAAGGAAGUUAUCAGCCGUGUCUCGAGAAUGAUAAAUCAGAGAUCGAGGAAUUGGAGUCCAAAGAAUCUGAAUUGAAAGACUUUCAUUUAGCGGAAAUAGACCUCAUAGCUGCCGUUUUAAGAACUGAUAUCUUGCAACGUCUGUACUAUAUUUUAGAUACUGUCCGACCAAGCUUCAGCUGUGUACAAUAUUCAUUGCAAAUUUUAAUAAGACUAGCAAGGGACUCUAUAGACACAGCAAGCAAAAUAGUUAGUAUGGAUCAUUUAAUGACUACUAUUGUGACGAAUUUUAUUCCAAACACGAGUAUUAACUUUGCAUUUGACCCAAAUAUUGUGUACAAUGGUAAGCCAAUUUUAGAUGCCCUGAAACUAAUGAGGAUCCUUUCAUUACAAUGUAGGGAAAUUGGAGAAAUUCUUAUAUUUAAAUAUGACAUUUUAAGGCCUAUAUCAGCUUACAUAAGUUCUGGAGUUGACGGGACUUAUGGUUUGAGAUUACAAAUAGAAGCAUUCUGUAUUUUAUCUAAUUUACUUAAUUAUGGAUUAGCCGUUGAUAACUCACUAUCCUUAUGCCCACUUAUAAUCACUACCUUGUAUAAGCAUGUCCAUGGGACGGAUAUAUUUUAUGAUUCCUCUGUUAUAUCGGCAACACAUGCUGCUGUGGUCUUGCAGUAUAUAAAUAAACUGUUCAAUUGCAAUAUGAUAAAUAUUGAUAAUUAUAAACCACAAAUAUAUCCCUUACUUAAAGAUGGAGUACAAAAAUGGUUGAUGCAAACAUCUAUUUUUGAUACCUAUACUUGUGGACACCUAAGAUUGCUUUGCUCAGCUUUAGACUGUUGCAAAACAAUUUUAAUUAAAGAAAAAUUAUCAUUAAAGUUCCUUAAUGAUACCUUAAAAAUUUUGUCCCAAUCGAAAGGAUUUCAAAAAGUUGUUGAUAAUUUAGUUCCUAGUUCAAAUCUUUUAUCUGGUAUUGAAGACAAAAGUUUAAAUGUAAUAAAAAAUCUUGUGAGUCUUGGAGGAUCAGUCAUUGAUUCAACGCAAAAAGUACUUCCAAUUUUGAAUAUUGCAUCACCCGUACCAUUUUUGGUUGCCCUAUUUCAACUGUUAAAUGUAGUAAAUGAAAAAGAAAUUGGUAUGUUAUAUAUAAAUAAAGUUCUAAACUAUUUGGAGGAAUUGUCGAAGAAACCCACAAGCCUAAGCAGUAAUUGGUUCACUAGGAUGGAAGUAGAAUUUGUAUACAAUACAAUUAAAUUGGCAAUUCAUAGUAACAUUUCCGAAUCUUCAAAAGACCUCAUUUACUCUGUGGCUAGCAAACUGUCCUACAUUUUAAGAGUUGAUAAGAAGUUUGAACUAGAAUAUUUGUUUAAUAACAUUAUAUUUAAUAAGCAUUGGUUCACCGCUGAUAGACUAUUGAACCUUGUAACAUUAUCUGAAGGAGAUGGUUUAAGUAAAGCUCUUAGUACUGUGGAAGAUAUAAAAGCAUGUUACAGUAAAGUUGUAAAUGCAAUUCAAUUGGAGGCAACAGGCAACAUUGUUUUAAAACGGUGGCAAGAGCCUGUUUUACCGAGAGACUGGAUUUAUUUGCCAAUAUUAUACUUGUACAGUAGGAGUCAGGAAAUAAGUACUAAACCUGAAGUUAGUGGAGAACAUGCAAAUAAGUUAAAGCAGCAAGAAGCAAUAGAAAAAGAACUCAUUAUAAGAUGUAGCUUAGAAUGGAUUUUGUUCAAUGAAAUAUGUUUUCCUGAUUUAUUAAAUGAUAUAGAUGUUACAGACAGAUUUUGCAGAAUAAUGUGUGUCUACCUCAGUGAUAACUCAUUGUUUUUAGAUGAAAAUAUUAAAAUUCUUUUAAAGAAAUGUACUCAAAUUCUUUUUAAGAAGAGCAGCAAAUUUAAUUUCGAUAAAGAAUUGACUGGCUUGCAUAAUUUUCAAGAUUUCUAUACUCAAUUUUUAGAACAGUUUCAGUCAGUAAGUUAUGGUGAUGCUACCUUUGCUACAUGUGUUUUGGUUCCUCUAGCUCAGAGGCAUAAUGUUAAAUGGCGUAAACUCUUGUGGUCUGAAUAUGCAGGAUGUUUACGAGCACUGGAUUGUCCAGAGAGUGAUUUGUGUUACAAAUUACACGAUUAUUUGUAUCCAGAAGAAACCGAUGAAUCCCUUUUGAAGUGUUACUUCAGAGCUUUAUCUAGCAAUUUAUUAAGACCUGGAACAAUCGCGCACAAAAUAGCGCAACAUCAUGUUGAUUGUUUUAAGAAACGACAAAGUAAUGUAAAUUAUUGUACUGAAUGAAUUUUACAAUAAAAUGUUUCUGUAUA